AUGGCAGAUCCAUACAAUCCAUAUGGUUCAUACUCGACGCCCGCGCCGGGCGGCGUAGGCUACUAUCCCCCAGAAGAUCAGUCUCAAUACCCUGCAUAUCCAUACCAGCAGCCAUACGGAACUGCAGAUCCACAGCCAAUCCCAGAACAAAACCAUGCCUAUCCCCCACAGUCCAGCUCGUACAACCUCGCUGCAGAAUCUCAUGCGCCCAGAAGUCACACUCCUACUGGGCAGCCCAACUACCUCGCUCCCGGCGCUUCGGCGAACCCGUAUGCACGCAGCGGCGAGAACUUGGGAUACUACAAUGACCACCCAGCUGAAAAACCACGCUAUACGCCCUCAGUAAGCCCCCACCCACCGGCAGUCUACAUCUCGGACCAUGAUACACGCCGUGACGAGAAGGAGCAGCGCUCAGACAACGAGCAAGGCUCAGACCGAGAAACCGAUCGUGGGUUGGGAAGUUCGCUAGCUGGCGGUGCGGCGGGCUAUUACUUCGGCCACAAGAAGGACCAUGGUUUGCUUGGAGCGAUCGGCGGUGCGAUUCUAGGCAAUUUCCUAGAGGACAAGGUGAAGGAUCAUAAGAAGCAUGAUCGCGAUGAUGAGUCUGAGCAUCGCCAUGGUCGGCAUGGUCAUCAUCAUCACCACCAUCAUCAUCGGAGUCAUUCGAGGCAUAGUGAUAGUGGGCAUUCGCAUCGUUCCCAUUCUCGUUCGCAUCAUAGCAGUCAUUCCAGACACCGGGGCGAGGAUGAGUAUUGA